CAACCAUCAUGUCUUAUUAUGAACGCGUUCGUUAAUCGUCUUACUUAUUACAAUCGUUCGGUGUCUCUUUGAAUUAAUAAACUACGGCCUCCUUAGAAAUUAGUACCUUAGAGGAACGUUUAAUAAGAAGGUACAAAUGAGGAGGUAUAUUGGAGUGCAUAUCAUAACGUUGAUGACAACUUAAGUAGUAUUGUUUGGUAGCGUCGUCUUCUCCUGUUGGGGCGAACCGUUUCGACCGAAGCUUUCUAAUGGUUGAAGAUGAUACAAUAAGAGUUAAAAAGGUUAAUCCAUAACACUAGUACUUUUCUUAUUAAUUAAUCCAGGGUUUCGAUUUAUUAUCAGAUUUUCUUACUGCCAAGAUCAUUAUCGUCUUACCGUUAUUAUAUAUAGCCGGGGUCCAGGGACCGUCGCAUCUUGGUCCGUUCAUCUACUACCUUUUAACGUUACUUAAAUGUUCAAAAAACUCAUAUGCGCACUCGCUACGAGUGCAGUCGUCGUUGCUGCUCCUGGGACACAGACAAAGCGUGAUACCCCUUCAGUCACACUCCCGCAAGGUGUUGCACAAGGUACUACUACGACACUCCCAUCUGCAACCUCUCCAGUUCACAAGUAUUUGGGUAUACCUUUUGCUCAAUCACCUCCACCAAGGUUUGAGCCUGCUUUACCUCUCGAGGGCGAAUCGAGUGAGAUGAUUGAUGCAACACAAUGGAAGCACAAAUGCAUUCAAACUAGCAAUGGUUCUACUCGAAAUGUUGAUCAAGAACCAGAUGACGAUGAAGAUUGUCUUUAUGUUAAUGUCUACGCACCUGAAAAUGCACUCGAAGUUGGUAAUAAAACUGUAUUAGUGUGGAUAUACGGAGGUGCACUCCAAACUGGAAAUGCUGGCCGUUCGGACUAUGAUGGUUCUUCAUUUGCUGCAAACCAGGAUAUCAUAUUAGUAUCAUUCAACUACCGUUUGAAUGUUUUCGGUUUUUCAAAUGCUCCAUCUCUCGAUGCAACUCAAACUAACGUAGGAUUCCACGACCAAAGACUCGCACUUGAUUGGAUUAAGAACAACAUUGCUGCAUUUGGUGGUGAUCCAGCAAAGAUUACGAUCAUGGGUGAAAGUUCAGGAGCCGCAUCAGUCGACAGAUUGUUAUUGAACCCACCAGAGGGUACACCAUUUAGAGCAGCUAUCAUGCAAUCCGGUCAAGCAUCAUUGAGUCCACUUGCUGAUGAUGAUGGUGUUAGUAAAUGGCAAAAUCUUGUCACUGAAGUUGGAUGUGCUACUUCUAAUAUUACAGAUGAACAAUAUGCCUGUAUGAAAGAAGUUGAUGCAACAGUCAUUAGAGAUGCAGUUGAAAAACUUUCACUUUCUUUCUUCCCAGUCAAUGACAAUGUUACACAAACAGCAACACCACUUAAAGAUGCGAUCAAAGAUGGAAAAGGCGCUCAAGUUCCUUUGUUGAUGGGUACAAAUACACAUGAAGGAUCAGUAUUCAUUCAACCAUACCUCGAAAAUGCUAUUGGUGAUGAUGGGAAAUUAAAUACUACACAAUUAACUGCUGUAAUCGAAGACUUUGGAGUAUUACCAUCAGGUUUUACAACUUUAAUUAAGACAUUCUUGGAUUCACUUUUACUCGUAUCUGCAGACCAUCUCUUAAACUCCUUAUCAAAUUUGGUCACAUCAUUGGUUUUUAAAUGUCCAGCUUCAGAAAUCGCUCAUGCACACCUAGACACCGGUAAAACGGUCUAUAGAUAUAGUUUCGCUCCAACAUAUAAUGAUACCCAACUUGAUAAAGUAAUUCCUGAAAUUGGUAUUAAAAACAUUGGUGCUUAUCACGCAGCUGAAAUUCCAAUCGUUUUCGGUACUUACGAUACUUACCAAAGUGUAGCACCUGCUACCGAUCAUGAAAUUCAAAUGAGCAAAUUCAUGCAAACUGCUUGGGCAAACUUCGCUAAAGAUCCAACAUCUGAGAAUGCACCAGGAUGGAAUCCAGUAAAUCACUGGCGUAUUAAUGACAUUGCUUGUUUGGGUUGCGUUGAAAAUUCGACAGGUCUCACUACGAAAUCUGAACUCGAAUUUGAUGGUGAUUGCUUAGUUUUGAAUAACUUCUAUACCGCCAGCAAACCUCUUUUCUAACCUGAUGGAUGAAAGAAAAGGUUUAAAGAAAAGGUUUUCACACUACUGAUAAUUUUAACAUUCUACUAAACUAUAGAGACAUCUAAAUGGGAUAUUUAUAUGUUUAAAGAUUAAUUUAC